AUGGCAGCUAUUGAAUAUCGUGGACUUAAUGCUGUGACAAAUUUUGACCUUAGCCGUUACAUCAAAUGGCUAAAACCUAACAACAACAAUACCAUUGAUCAACCAAACCCUAAUGUUGAAACUAAUAUGAUUCCAACUCCAAAUCAUAGUAUUGGAUCAACCUCGACCACGACCACGACCACCUCUGCCUCUACCUCUGCCUCUACAACUCUAAUUUAUUCCCACUUUCAACUUACCUCGAAUACCACCAUCCCCGAUGUCUCGGUAACUCAAACUCAGCCACCUUCUGCCACGUCAGCCCUCGGGCUAUUACUCCAAUCUACAAAAUUCAAGGAAAUGAUGGAAAUGACAGUGGCAACUGAGUGCCCCCCUGAACCUGUUGAGUUUUCUGAUCCACCACAAAGUACUUUCCCCGAGGAUAUAAAAACUUAUUUUGACACUCAAGAAUUCGGUAAUUUUGGUCAUGACCAAGGAGAGGAUAUGAAUAUUUUUAAUGAGAUCAACUCCUUCAUGCAGCCACUUUUGCAAUUUGAUUUUAAUGCUUAA